CCCCGACAUAAGCCGUAUAUAAUAUAUAGUCCUAAAGUCCUAAAGCCCUAACCAUUCCCAGAAAACACCACCUAUUCAUUAAACUGCCUGUUAAACUGUUCGAUCACCCAGCCCCUUAACCAUCCACUGUCCACAUCUAAGAACACCCUCUCCCCCUAUAAUUAUUAAUUAUUUGCGUUGCCCAGUAUGGCGUCUAAGGACAUGACCACCGGCAUAUUGUCGAACUUGAUUGCCUGCGAUGGACUCGGUAAAUAUAGAGCACUCAGCGACACCGUGGCCCGUGACCAAUGCUGCUACCUCAACGAGCAGAAUUCCACGGCGUGUAGGAGGAUCUUUGCGCCAACAAACGGCCUGUUGGACAGCGCCUGCCUCUCUACCCCCGAGAUAUGCCGUCUCUACAGCCGUUGUCGGUUAGCUGAGACGCUCUACACGUCGGCCGAGCAGAACAACCAGGCGGGAAACGGCUCCCUGCUUCUCGCGCGAUACAAGGCCUGUGCCAAUCUACCCAUCAUCGCCUCAUUCUCGUCGCAACGCCUACUCGAACCCCACAUUGAGCGGGUGGUACAGAAGCACCUACGGCUUGGGCCGACCGAGAGCGAGUUCGAGACCAGCCUGGAGGAUAUCACCCUGGCCGUGACCGACUGCCUGUCGUCUACCUGUGGCAGCGCGCGCAACAACCGCUACUGCUACAACGCUGCCUGCUCGCCAGUGAGGCUGAUCACCAACAGCACACUUCCGAAUAUUUGGGGGAUCAACGGAUGCCUCAACAACAUCUGCAAUGCCGGCACGGGGGCGUUGCCGUGGGCUGAUCCGGAUAUCGUGGGAGUUGGGGUCUUCUCAUCCUAUGUCAUGCAAUGCGGGUUCGUCGCCAUUCUCUGGGCCGGGCUCGCCCUCUUCACCCGGCAUCAUCUCAGGAAGGGCCGGCCCGACAGACCAGCAAAAAAGAAGCCCGACAAACCCUCCGAGAAGUCCGACAAGCCCCCCGAGAAAACCGACGGACCGGCCAACGACCCCGACAUAGGCAGCCACUUCCGCGCGUGGAUCGACCUGCUCCUCGAAUUCCACAAAUCCCAAUGCUACUUCGGCGGCACGCUCAUGAUCGCCGUCCUCGUGGCCAACAUGUCCACCGUCGACUUCGUCACCACCUUCCUGGUGACCCCCCUCGCCACCAACAGCAUCCUGCCCGUCAUCUUCAGCUAUCUCCUCCUCGUCUACUACCGCGCCUCCUCCCCGGCCAUCACGCUGCUCACCGCCGUCGUCCACCUCCUCUCCUCCGUCGUCUACUGGAUCCUCUACACCCACCUGGACCCGCGCCCGGGCAUGACGCGCGGCGACGUCUACAAGCGCUACCGGCUCAACAUCUCGGCCGUCGCCGAGUGCGGCGAGUACUCCGGGCUGGCCGUGUGCCCCGUCGUGGACACGGACUCGGGCGAGUUUACGGAGGGCAUCGCCGCGCACACGUCGCUGCGCGUGCUGACGCCGCUGAUCUGGAUCUGGUCGACCUUUGUGUUUGUCGUGCUGCUGCUGCUGCCGCCGGUGGGUGCCCGGAUAUGGGCGCGGCGUGUGAGGUUGGAAAAGGGCCCCGGUCCGAGCCCCGAGAAGAGGGCGUUGUUGCCGUGGCAGCGGGCGGCGUUUUGGUUUACGACGGUGAUGUUUUUGGCGGGGGUCGGGAUGCAGAUCUGGGUGCUGUCGACCGCGAUUAGGCUGGAUAUGGUGGAUGCGAAAAACUGGAGUUUUGGGCAGGUGGUUGCGGUUACUGUUUGGAUCCCGCCGUUGUUGGAGUAUGUUUGUGGGGAGAUAAAGCUGUGAAGGGGGGGUUGGUGUGAGACUUUGGGUUUAUGGCUCGAAUCGGAGAUUGUGUUGGCCAUUGUUGUAAAACCCUGUUUUGUGACAUGGACUCGAUUACUCCUUUGGGAACGAACCGUGGUCUUACAGCCACCGGUGGGCUUGUCACUUAUGUGCUGACCAUGACGAAUCAAUAUAUGCCUGCAUGAUGCGGCGUAACCAC